AUGUAUAACCCGUACCAGCAGCAAGGCAUGGGUUACCAGCAGCAGCAGCAGCAGCAACAGCAGCAACAGCAGCAGCGGACUGGAUUCUACCCGCAGCAACAGCAAGGUCAAUCCAUUAACCAAACUCAAGGUCAGCCUCAACCACAACAGCAAAUGAUGUUCAACCAACCUCAGACGACUGGAAUUGGUGGAAUGGCUCAAAACUUUGGCAAUUCUUACACUAAUAUGCCGCAACAGCCUCAGACGGGCUACAAUAGUAACGUUAAUAACAAUAAUCUAUAUGGUAAUGAUAGGUUUGACCAACAGUCUCAACAACAACAGGUGAAACCACAGCAUACUGGCUACGUGCCUAAUGCCAACAUCGGCGUCAGUAUGCCUAUGAUGAAUACUACUGGUACCAUGCCGACGCUUAACCCGGCUCAACAGCCUCAGUUACAAUCCAUACAGCCUCAAGGCACGGGUUAUUAUCAGUCUGGUAAUACUGCAAAUGCACACGCAGCGCAACCUUUGCAAUCUCAGGGGACCGGCUAUUAUGUAUCAACGCCCAAUUUGAUUUCUACUAAUCAAGCUCAGCAACCUCUUCAAGCUCAGCAACCUCUUCAAGUUCAAGGUACAGGGUAUUAUCAAGAUCAGUCCCAGCAAUUUCCUCCUCCUUCUUCUCAGCAAACACAGCCUUUGCAACCCUUGAAGCCGCAGCAAACAGGAUUUUAUGUUCAACCGCAAAAUCAACCUCCCUUGGAGCCAUUAAAGCCUACUGCCACUGGCUUUGUCAACUCAUUCGCCAACAAUGGUCUUAACAAUGAUAUUAAAAUUCCUGCUAUGAGAUUAUCUUUUAUUACUGCACAAGAUCAAGCGAAGUUUGAGACUCUUUUCAGAUCAGUUGUUACCAACGGUUCCAAUACUGUUUCCGGCGCUAAUUGUAGAAAAAUUCUGAUGAGAUCCGGCUUGCCACCAUCCCAAUUGGCAAAAAUCUGGACCCUCUGUGAUACUUCAAAAGCAGGUGAGUUACUGUUUCCUGAAUUUGCAUUGGCAAUGCAUUUGAUCAACGAUGUCUUACAAGGUGACUCCGUCCCUUACGAAUUGGACUCAAAGACGAAAAAUGAAGUCUCAAGUUUUAUUGAUGCUAUCAAUUUAAGCAUUGCGAACCAGGAUUCUUCCGCUAACGAUGCUCCAAAGACUCCUUUCGACGAAUUCAUUACCGCAGGCGUACAAAAUCUACAACCUCAACCAACAGGUUUCAUGCCUCAAACUAGUUUUGGUGUUCCAUUACAAUCCCAAAUGACUGGAGGUGGUGUUGUUCCAGCACUGAAUCCCCAAUCCACAGGAAUGAUGGCACCCACCACUUUUAACAUGUCAAUGAAUACCGGUACCUCCGGGUUGACCACCCAAAUUACCGGGGGAGGACCCGUAUCUUUGCAACCUCAGGCAACUGGUAUGAUGCCACAAACUUCUUUUGGCAUUAACUUAGGACCGCAAUUGACCGGUGGUGCCCUACAAUCUCAGUAUACCGGAGGUUAUGGUUCUGUUAUGCCUCAACAGACCAAUAACGCAAGCAUGCUCAAUCUAUCCUUUAAUCAGCAAGGGUUACAAUCUCAGGUAACUGGGCUGCAACCCCAACCAACUGGAUUUCUUCCACCAUCCAAUUUCAGCGCUACUAUGCCAUUAACGGCUCAAAAGACUGGGUUUGGUAAUAACGAAAUCUAUACUCAAACAAACUUCGGUAAUAACUUGAUUGAUAACUCGAAUCAGGACAAAAUUUCAACAGAAGAAAAAUCUUUGUUUUAUAAAAUUUUUGAAACUUUUGAUACUCAAAAUAAAGGCUUGUUAGAUUCACCAACGGCAGUGGAAAUUUUUAGAAAAUCAGGUUUAAAUCGUGCAGAUUUGGAGCAAAUAUGGAACCUUUGUGAUAUAAACAAUACUGGGCAGUUAAAUAAGCAAGAGUUCGCACUAGGUAUGCAUUUGGUUUAUGGUAAAUUAAGUGGGAAGCCCAUUCCUAACGUUUUACCUCCAGGUUUGAUUCCUUCCAGCACAAAACUUUUGGAUAAUUUGAAGAACCAAUUGAAGACAGAACCAACUGCCAUAAAAGACAAGCCUUCAUUUGGCAAAAUUGAUGCCCUGAACUACAAGAAUAACGAUGAUGACGUUUUGCCAAACUAUAGAAAUCGUAAGAAGGUUUACUCAGCAAAGAAUGAGGAACAGUCAUCUUCCUUCUCUUCACCUCCUGCUAAGGUUGAGAAUCAUCCUAGUGUCUCUCUUCAGAAAGACAACACUUCAGAAGAUAAAGUAGCUAAGAAACAGACAGUGGGUUCAAAGUAUGCUGAAUUUUCAAGAGAAGUUAAUUUGAAGAAUAUUGCUGCAUUAGAAAGCGAGAUUAGAAAUAUUAAGACCUCUAAAAACUCUUACGAUAAUUCUAUUCCGUCAGAUUUGACGAGCCGUUUCGACGCCAUUAUUGCGAAACUUCCAAACCUAUUCAAUGAAAUAUCUACUAUUGAUAACGAAAUUACCAAUGCGAAAAUCCAAUUGUAUAAAAAAAAGAAUCCUUCUUCAAUUAUUGGAUCUGGUCCAAACGGUGAGAUAACCGAAAAUGACAGGAAGAAGGCUAAGAGCAGAGCUCUGUUGAGAGCAAGGAUGUCUGCUCUAACUGGGAAACCAUCAGAAUCGGAGGAUUCGCUUUCAAUGGGAGAUGAACAGAAAAGUGCCGAGAUCGAGAAAAUUCAACAAGAAAAUGGCAAGAACCAAGAUAUUAUCAAAGAUAUAAGAUCAUUUAUUUCAGAUAUUUCUGCGUCUUUGAAAUCCACAAUGACAGGGUCAGAUAUGAUAUCCAAUCAAGAUUUUGAAAGGUGGGAAUUCGGCAUAGGAUUAGAAGAUGGUGUUCGUGAAUUUUUGGAUGAUUUGAAGUCAAAUUCUAAUAAAGUGAUUGCAGAGUCAUCUCCUUUCGUACCUUCCUCAACCCCAACACCUGUCGGUGAUCGUUCUUCGUCGCCUUCUUAUUCCCAAUUCAAAACUGCAGAAGAAAGAGCUGCGUAUCUCAAAGAACAAGCAAAAAAGAGAAUGAAGGAGAAAUUAGCUAAGUUCGAUAAGAAUAGACGAAGUGCGACCCAAAGGCCUAGAUCAAAUUUAAAUGAAAACACUCAAGAACAACCGGAAGAGGUUGCAAGUUCUUCCAAUUCAAUUGAGCCUAGAGAAACUCCAUUCAAAGAGAGUUAUGUGGAAACUUCUCAACCCGUUCAACCCGUUCAACCCGUUCAACAUGUAUCUGAUGCAGAGCAAGAAUCUGAUUAUGAUGAAGAUGAAGAGGAGAAGCGUUUACAAGAGGAACUAAAACGUUUGAAACUAAAAAAGAAGGCUGAGAAAGAAAAAAGACUUGCAGCUUUACGUAAGCAAAUUCAAGAUGCUCAGAAUGAAAGCGAUGAAGAGGAAGGAAAAGAACAAAAUAACUUUGGCGGCCCUAAGGACGGUCCUCAGACUGUACCAGUUGCACCAUCAGCGCCUUAUUCGCAACAUUCAGUUAAUGUCCCUAACCCGGUACCUGCCACUGUUACUCCCAUCGCCAAUAGAAACAUUACCAAUAUGCCAUCUACAUCGACAGGCCAUAAUCCAUACUUCAGGGAUACAUCAGCCAGCUCUACAUCUACUUUCGAUGCCCAUGCUGCAGAAAUGCAAAGAAGAAUCCAAAGAGGCUUGGAUGAAGGUGAAGAUGAUGGAUGGUCCGAUGAUGACGAGACAAACAACCGCGUAGCUGUGAAAAAUAACGUUGAGCAAGCAAGUGUUGGUCAACCUGACCAUACACUUGCUGUCCCUACUCUACCUGCAGCUCCUGUUCCAUCUGCUGCCCCUAUCCCGAGAACUGCUUCUAUUUCAGAAACAGAACUCCGUCAGGUUAAUAACUCUAAUGAAGAAAGUGUACCUAUUUCAAGAGCUCCAGCUUUUCCUACUGUAACUCAGGAGCCACCUAAACCAUUGGCCCCACCUUUACCCGCUGUUAAUGUUUCUCAGGGACCACCAAUUCCCUUAGCUCCUCCAAUACCUGGUGCUGUGCAGAAAUCAAGCACUUCUACAGCAGCAUUAGCUGGUAGCGUCUUGUCUCCACCUCCAUCUUUGCCAACCGAAGAAGCUUCUACUUCUGAACCUAUCAAUGUUCUAGCUGAUAAUAAUAAAAAUGGCUCCGAAGAGGAUAUGGGCGCGUAUGGACCUGAUUCCGAUGAUGAUGUUUUAUCAAUUCCCGAAUCAGUCGGUUCAGACGAAGAGGAAGAAGGGGCUCUGCCAGUCCCACCUGUAGGCAUUCCAUCAAUUCCACCUACAGGCAUCCCUCCACCUCCACCCCUACCAUAA